UUCGAACCGGAUGCGGGUCGCACCGCGGCGUUAAGACUCCGACACGAACUCGGGAACAUUCUAGGUUUUCUUUUAUAGAGGCCGUUCUGCCCCCUUCUCUUCCUCUCGUCUUCUUCUGCGUCGCGGCCGCCGAUCGCAUCGCCCACUGCCUGGCCGCCACUACGCCUCCGGUGGAGGAGGUGACAUCGACACCCGAAGCUUACUGGUUGAUAAUUGGUUAUUGAAGAGAGUAGAGUUUAGUUCUGAAAAAAAUGCCGAAAAUAAAGACUAGCCGUGUUAAAUAUCCGGAGGGGUGGGAGCUUAUUGAGCCCACUCUUCGAGAGCUCGAGGCAAAGAUGAGGGAAGCCGAAAAUGAUCCCCAUGAUGGGAAGAGAAAGUGUGAAGCACUUUGGCCUAUUUUUCGAAUUGCUCAUCAAAAGAGCCGUUAUAUAUAUGAUCUUUAUCAUCGGAGGAAGGAAAUUUCGAAGGAACUAUAUGAAUUCUGCCUGGAUCAGGGCUAUGCAGACCGUAAUUUAAUUGCGAAGUGGAAAAAGCCAGGUUACGAGCGCCUCUGCUGCCUGAGGUGCAUGCAGACACGAGAUCACAAUUUCGCAACCACCUGUGUCUGCAGGGUCCCUAAGCACCUGAGGGAAGAAAAAGUGAUAGAAUGCGUCCACUGUGGCUGCAGGGGCUGCGCAAGCGGAGAUUAAGUCCUAUUCACAUCUUAAGGCGAUAAAUAAUGUGUGGUAUGUGCUGACAGACUUAAUGGAGAUUUCAUGUAAGCUUUUGUAUGUGGAUUCCUCCCCGUGAAGGCUGAAAACAUUUAUCUUGUCAUCUAUCGUGUAACAUUGCCUUUGUGUCGCUAAUAUGUGGUCAAAUCCAACUUGGUGUCCGAUAAUUUGGCUUA